GUGAAUUCCAGAAUGGAUAUUAUAUGGAUAAGAAUUAGACAAUUAAAAUAUUUCAUGGAAUCAAUCUUAAUGAUUAUCCCUAAACAAAUAUUAAUGAAGAUGAUUUUGUUGCACUUUCAAAAAUUGGAUUCAAUCUAAUCAGAAUUUCUGUUUUUUACGAUCAACUUAUCCCAAAUAAACCAAUAUCCUUAAAGAAUAUAACAUAUAAUUCUUCAUACUUAACUACUUUAUAAAAAAUUGUCUAAUUAGCAAAUAUUCAUAAUUUUUAUGUUAUUUUUGUUGCAGAUCAUUAAUUAUUGAAUAAAUAAUUUUGUGGAUAUGGAUUUCCUGAUUGGGCAGUUUAAAGGGUAAACUUUCCAGUUCCUUAUGAUAUUUAAGGGAAAAUAAAAAUAGAUCUAUAUCCCACUAAAGAUCAAUGUGCAACAAAUUUUGAUUCUCUUAUUAAAACUGAUGACGUAGGAAAUAGUUUUGAAAAUCUCUAUAAGAAUGUAAACAACUUAACUGAAUACUUUGGAUUAUUUUGGUAAAAAAUAGCAGAAUAAAUGAAGAAUGAAGAUAAUGUUGUAGGAUAUGACCUUCUUAAUAAUCCAUCAUGUGGUAAUUAUUAUAAAGCAUACUAUUAAUGUAUUUGGCCAGGAUGGAAUAAUAGAUAAAUGAUAAUGCCUUUUUAUUAGAAAAUCAAUUCCUACAUUAGAGAAGUCGAUAAAAAUAAAAUUGUAUUCUAUUAGACUUAAGAUACUGAUUUUAUUGGAUCAGGAUUUGAUAAUAAUAUAAAUGGAUCUGAAUAUCAAAAAAAAGAAUCCUAUAGUUAUAGGAUUACCUAUUAAUCAUAGUAUUUCAAAUAAUUUGCUAUUAAUUGGAAUUACUUUUCAAUGUGGCUAGAAUUCCAUGUUGGUUAACAUGCCUAAGUCUCAACAUUUCUUGCUGAGUUUAGUGGUAAUGAUGAUUAUUUAAUAAGCAGAAUUCUUAAUAAUGCUGAUUCAUUCAAAUCUUCUUGGUAAUAAAUAUAUUUUAAAUUAUUUAAGGACGUAUAAGGGAACCAUAGCUUAAGCACUGAAAUUGGAUUCAUUAAAUAGACCAUAUGCUUAAUCAAUUUGUGCUGAAAAAGUUUUCCAUCAUCAAUACGAUUCAAUUAAUCAAAUAUUUAAAUUGUAAUUCAUAAUUAAAAAUGAAUGCUCUACACUUUUAUUUAUACCUUUUGAUUAUGGAUAUUCAUGUUCUAAUUGCAUUUUGAGAUUAUACGAUAAAAGAAUUUUUGAAAUAAAAAUGACAAUAAAUUAAGAGUAAAAGUUAGUAAAUUUAAUUUUAUGGAAGAAAAAAGUUUGA